UGAUUGGAGAUAGAGAGGAGAAAGAGAGGCAAAGAUAGCGACAGACAAAAAAGAAACAAACGGGGGCGACCCAGCUAGCUCGCCGCCUCCGCCUUCUCUCCCUCCUCUCAUCCGGUCCCCUUUCCCCGCGGCCUCACCGGCUCCUCCCUCUCCGCCCGCUCGGGGUCCAGAGACCGCGCGACCACAGCUCGCUUGCUCGCGAUCUGUUAGGGUUGCCCCAUGUCGGCGGCGGCCUCCGCGGCGGCGCUCCUCCUCUUCCCCCUCCUCGCCGCCGCCGGGGACGGGGUCUGUCCGAGGCCACCCGCCGCCGCCGCGGUCCUGCAGCAGGCCUCCUGCCCAGCGGCCGACGCCCCGGGGAUUCGGGGCCACCACGCCGGCGUCGUCGAGGGGGACGAUGGGGCUCUGCAAAAGGCAGUGACACUUGUGCUGCAGAACAGGGAAGAUUUUGUUGCUAUUCUUUUUUAUGCUUCGUGGUGUCCUUUUUCGAAAAUUUUCAGGACAGAUUUUCAAAAGCUGUCAUCCUUUUUCCCAAUAAUUGCUCAUUUUUCUUUUGAAGAAUCUCGUAUCGAACCAAGAAUUUUGUCAAGAUACGGGAUUCGUGCCUUCCCGACGCUUUUCCUUGUGAACUCUACAGUGCGUGUGCGCUAUCAUGGAUCUCGGACUAUGAAUUCCCUUGCUAUGUUCUAUAAAGAUGUUACAGGUAUGAAUCCUGUGUCACUGGAUGCUACAUCCCUGGAGAGAAUGGAAGACACGGUAAAUGUAAUCGGUAAUGACAAAAAGACCGACCAGGAGGAUUAUCUGUUCUUGUGGGCAAGAUCACCAGACAGAUUACUUCAUCAAGAUACAUGUCUUGCAUUGGCUAGCUCUUUUGUCCUCUUGAGGCUACUUCAUUUCCUUCUGCCCAAGCUCAAUGCAUGUCUGAAGCAAGCCUGGAGGAUGCGACUUUAUGAACUGAAUAGGUUGUUUCCUAGCUUGUCUUGAGGAAGGCAAUGUGGACCUGAAAACUUGAACUGACUGUCUAAACAAGGCAUCAUACACAUAGGAAGUGAUGCAGGCAGCAAACGGGAAUCCUUUGGGUGUGGUUUUCUGUCAAUGUCUGCUCAAAAGUUAAUCCACAUGGGUGGCUCGUGGCUUAGAAGUGAAAAAGGUGUUCAUAGCAGCUAUAUUUGGUCUCAUCAAUGGAUGUACUGUCUUCCCUCUGUGUCGAACUCUUUCUGUGUCAACUAUAUUUUGUCUUUCUUGGGAGGUACCUUAAUACAAGCUUAAGUGACGUUCUUGGAAAUGCUGACGGGAAUGGUGAUCAUCCUGCUGCCUUGACGGUACCAUCAGCCAUCUCCAUACAAAAUUGUAUCUUGGUGUUACUCCUGAUACACAUAAAAAACAUGUAUUCUAAGAAAGAUUGUUCUUUUAGGUUAGUCAUAGACAGGAUUGAUAUGUUUGUGAUUACCUUUUGUGUGUACUUAUCUAUUAUAUUGAUCGGCUGAUUGUUCUAGUAAA